AUGGCCAAGGUCGCUAUAAUUAUCUACUCCAUGUACCACCAUGUGGCCACGCUCGCUAAAGAAAUCCAGAAGGGCGUGAUUGCUGGCGGCGUUUCCGCUGAUAUCUUCCAGGUGCCCGAGACAUUGCCUGAGGAAGUGUUGACCAAGAUGAACGCUCCUCCUAAACCAGACUUCCCAAUUGCUACUUUGGACACUUUGACCGACCACGACUACUUUAUCUUUGGUAUCCCAACCAGAUACGGUAACUUUCCUGCCCAGUGGAAAGCGUUCUGGGACACAACAGGCGGCUUGUGGGCUCGUGGAGCCUUGCAAGGUAAGGUCGUGGGCACGUUUGUUUCCACCGGUACUCCUGGCGGUGGACAGGAGGUGACGGCAUUGAACUCUUUGUCGACCAUCGUCCACCACGGUAUGAUCUAUGUGCCAUUGGGCUACGGCAAGGCGUUCCCUUACCUUUCCAACUUGGAGGAGGUCCACGGCUCUUCUCCUUGGGGCUCAGGCACAUUUGCUGGCGCUGACGGGUCGAGACAGGUGCUGGACUUGGAGAAGAAAAUCGCCAACAUCCAGGGUGAGAACUUUGCUGGGGUGGUGCAGCGCUUUAAAUAG